AUGGUCGCCGCCGCGUUGCCUGCCGCCAACUUCACGCCUUUGGGGGCGUAUGCCUCGAUCCACAAGCCCCAACGCAAGGCACCUUCAUCGCCCACCGACCCGACCGUUGUGCUCAUCUUCGGUUGGAUGUCGGCCUACCCAGUCCACCUUCACAAGUACUGCUCAAUGUACGCUCAAAUCUACCCUGGCGCGACCAUUAUCCUCGUUCCGAGUCACCUCUCGAUAUUCUGGACGCCAUACGCCGCUUUGCGUAACCGGUAUGCGGACCUCAUCGAUGUCCUGGCGGCACAUGGCUACAGGGAGGGCAAGGCGAGAAUUCUAGCGCAUACGUUCUCCAAUGGCGGUGCAUUCCAUCUUGUCGCGCUGAACCGCGCAUUAGAACUGGCCUUCCCGUCCUCCAAACCCAUCCCGCGCUCCCCGUCGCUGUUGGUGCUCGACUCGAAUCCUGCCGCGGAGCGCUUCGACCGGAUCUUCGGCGCGAUCACCUCGCCGAUCAAAAACCCGAUCACCCGGCUCCUUGUCGGUGGGUUUGUCAGCACCGUGUUUGGCUACAUUUGGCUGCAGAAACACGUCCUCCGCCGACCGACGAUUGUCGACAACAUGAUGGACGCGCUCAGACUCGCUAGGGCGAUGCCCUGGAUGGAUAAGAAGACCCCGCGGCUAUAUAUCUACUCCAAGGCGGACAGCGUGAUGCCAUGGACCGACGUUGAUGCUCAUGCCCAGCGAACGGAGCGAGAUGGGAUUGAUGUUAGGUCCGUGUGCUUCGAAGACAGCGCGCAUGUCUCACAUGCUCGGACCCAUCCCGAGGAGUACUGGGCCGCCAUCCAGAACGUAUGGAAGGAGGUUUAA